GCAAAUAAGUGAGCACGCUGUGAUUUAUUUACCAGUGAGCUUUAGACCCCAGUAUAGAAAUGGGCACGAGUGUGACCGUAGAUGGUAAUAAUUUGAUCACACGCCGAUGAGGCUAUGGAGAAGAGUAUUAAGGUAUCAACGAAAAAUCCAGACAAUUGGAAUAACAAACGCAAUAAAGAACUCGUGGACAAAGUUUGAAGCAAACUGCCAAUCUAUGGUGCUAUGUCAAAUUCUACCGAACAGGCAGGACCAGACAGAUUUGCGCCAGGGAUUUCAGAAUUGCCUUGUUAUAUGGUUUUCUGUCCUCUCCGUGGAGUUUGAGGUUUGGCUGGGAAGGAUGUCUACUAGCUGUGGGUUGGGCUGGAUGUCUACUAGCUGUGGGUUGGGCUCGACCAAGAGAAGGUUUUUGAGAGAUGAGUGGGUUUGACAAGGGUAAGUUACUCUCUAUGUAGGAGUACUUGCGAGGAGGAUCAUCAUCCAAUUAAUCAAGGAGCUGUACUGAUUUGCAAAUUUUGAUUGAUUUGUUCUGAAGUAGCAAUGAAGUUUUGUCAGAUUGCUGGUGCCUUCAUGAGCCCGUGUUGACGAAAUCCGUUGAGAGGACAUUCUUCUGUGUCGACUUCAUCGCUUCAAUGUCCAACGCAAGCACUUUCACUAACGCUUUUUAGGUUUCAAAGAUAAGUGGUUAUCAAAACUGAAUCGUAGAAUCUUCCCUUGUUCGAAAAGCAUUUUGUUUUGGUUUUAUAUUCCAUGUGGUCUUCUCUGUUGUUGUCUUGUUUACCUUUUGAGGUGGCGGCUGUAUGCCGAGGAAAAUCUCCCCGGUGCGUCAGAAGAUUAACGUGGGAAGUGAGUCUGCGAUCUGACCGAAGAUAUGAAACUUUUCCUGCAGUUUUUGCGAAAUUCAGCUUUGAUACACUGACUGCUGUCUUUAAAUUCAGAUUGAAAUCUUGAAGAGUGAACCCGGAGGCUUUUCAUUCAGCUGCCGAGCUGUAAAUUCAAUAAGCUGUGUAAUACCAAGACUAGUACACCACUAUACACGUUCUUUGCAGACCACGAGACGGUUUUCUUAAUAGGCCAGAUAGUAAUUGCCAUUUCAUUUGUGAUAGAAAGUGAUCAAUGUGACGCAUAUACUUAUUCACAGAAAUUGCCGCAGAUGUCCUCGCCAUAACUUAUCGAACCACUCACCCUUGUACCAUAGUAUGUGAUACUGCCGACUUGGAAGCUCUAAUAAGAACCUGCACAUCAUGUAACUACGUGAGCUAGUGAAAUUUGAUGAUGUAUUUAGGCAGAGUUGUUUGGCCAAAAUCGCUUCAGCGACUUAAAUAUGGAUAGGAAGCGUGUAUAAAUACAUAUAUAUGGUAGUGGCCGUUACAAAUUGGGCCUCGUUUUGUAGUACUGGUGUGUGGAAUGCGCUCGAAUUACAAUGCUUCCUAUUCCUCCGUAUCACUUAUAGUCUACGUUUGCCAGUCCUGGGAUGUCGGUUGGUGCCCAUGACUACAAAGUUUGUAUCAUCAAGCGAUGAAUCCGACUUUCUUUUCAAGUCUUCUCCGUAUGAGGCGCCGUAUUUCUUAAAAGUGUAUGAAGUGCAUUAUAUCGGCUCAUUUAGGAGUGAUAGCUGGAAAUGGAACCAUCCACGUUAUUUGUGAUGCUUGCUUCUUUGUUACAUGGUCUUGAGGAACACUGAUGUGUAGAAAACUAAUGCUAUCAGGUAUAUUUGUAUUCCAAAACAGAUGUUUUUCUCUCCGUUGAUUAGUCUCUGGAUUCAUAUCCGGAAUCGAUCUGGUCUACACUAGCUAUUAUAUGUCACUGUACAAAUUGACGCGGGGAUGUGCAGAUCAAAUUAGUACUCCAGUGUACUUCUAUAUCUCUCAAUUUCGGUUACAACUCCCGAGUCCUGUACGGAUUAGUUGUAAUCAGUAUUCAGUCUUGCAACAUAUAUAAAUCUGAUACACGCUAACUUUCCACGUUAACCAAAGACUCUGGAUGUCUGUUCUGUAACCAUAUCAUCUAAGCUUGCACACCCGUGAGUACCUUCUUGGUCCUUGGUAUCACUUCUCUUCCACUUCCUUAGAUUCUUUUAAUUCUGUUUCUGGUCUUUGCUGGAUUGUUAUUUGCACCUGUUUGGCGUUUGUAUUAACAACAGACAUCGUAAAACAAACACAUAGCAUCAUGAAAGCAGGUUGCAGGUGCAGAUGCUUGGGAAGAAUGUUAGAGCCCUCGUGUAUGUAUGCAUAUAUAGAUGUAACUGAGAUACUGCUUUUGACUAAUAUUACCGAGCUACUUCAACAGCAGAAUGGUUGCUUAUACGGUCAUAAGUUGUUGUGCGUUCGUAAAUUAUGGCUAGUGUGUGUUCUAAAAUUGUUAAUGCUUGCCAACGCUGGGGCCAUUCGCAAUUUUAAACAAACUAGAAAUUGACGUGUAUGUUUGGUCUUGUUUACAUUGUUUAUACUAUGUCUAGAGCGUAUUGAAAUGUUCGACCCAAGAUUCGUCUUAUGGUCUUACAGCCAGAGGUAGCAAUAGAGCAGACAGUGAAGUCUACUGAUGCGUCUUACUUUUUGAGGUUUUAGACCGUAUGCAGUGUCUGCGAGAAUAAGACAUGAAUUUAAAGAAUGGAAGUAGCGAGUGACCUGUCUGGCUGGCUUUCAGUUGGUGAACCAAACUCAAGGUAGUGAGAUAUGAACUGAUAAGGCUAGACACAGACCCAACUUGGAAAUCAGCUUUAAGGAUGUAAAUCAGAGCAGAAACAAUAAGCGAGAUAUGUCUUAGGGAUAGAAACAGUAGGACAUCAAGAGGCUAGACGUUUACUUAUUGCAAUAAGCAGAAAGAGGAACGAGGGGCUACAGACGAACAAACCGGAGAAAUUAUGGAUAACACAGAUAGCGAGGUCAGUGGAAGUAGCGAGUGUAGCACCUGCGACAUCAGUCGUAGAUUCACUAUUACAUAUGAUGCCGAGUUUCCUGAUUUUGAGUUAAUGGUGCAGAAAGAUGACAUUAGCUUAUCUUGAUAUGCUUGUUCACUACCUUUCCUUGCUGUUGUUUACCAGUGAAAGUACGCCUCGGCUGCAUUUACCCUGUGCUCGCAUGUCAGAGUUCCAUACUGAACGUAAGGCCACGAGUGUUCAAUGUUUAAAUCACGUAGACGGUGAAGGCUUAAGGUAAAUGCUGUUAAAGUGUUCAGUAUUUUUGUACUCUUUUAUCUAGUUACUCAAACCUUUCUUCGGAAGGCUUUAGUGGUAGAACUUCCUGCUGUAGCAGAGUUUUUGUAUGCAGGCCAUUCAACUACAAUACAUAAAAAUAAAUAGUGUACACGGUCUACGGGUGCAUUUGCCUACUCGAUGACAAUUUUCAUACAGAGUUUGUGGGGUACCCUACAGCGAGAGGAAUGAAGUGAAGGUAGGACUCCAGUAUCAUAGAGCACCAAGCUUGAUCCAAGUUUGCCCGGGCAGCUUUUAAUGCACCAGAGAAACGCAGGUGUCAGUCGUCCUGUCUUAUCUCAUAUU